GCAACUGUGUUGAACAUGCUGAGUAAUGUUCUGAUAUCUAAAGAUAUGAUAAAUUUGGACAAAGAAACAGAAGAUGGUGGGAUAAAAAGUCUAGUACGGGGAAUAGUGGAAGUGGCGUCUGCUCCAAACAUAUCUGAUUUUUAUCCAAUUUUUGGUAAAUUAGAUCUUCAAGGUCUGCGAAAAAAAUCUAUACGUUUAGUGACAAAGUUUUGUUCCAAGUGGGAGCCGAUUCUUGAAGAAAGAAGGGACAGUAGAGAGAAUGGUUCUUCUAGCCAACAAGAUUUCUUGGAAACUCUCCUUGAUAAUGGUUUUACCAAUGAUCGUAUCCACCAGCUAUUUAUGGAGUUACUCUCUGCUGGUUCAGACACCAGUACCUCAACAAUAGAGUGGGCGAUGGCAGAACUGAUUAAAGAUGUAGAGUCAAUGAAGAAAGUUCAAGAGGAGCUCGAGAUAGAAAGUGAAAGCGAUUACCUAAAAGAAUCUCAAGUGCUGAACAUGUCCUUUGUCCAAGCCUGUGUGAAGGAAACACUUAGGUUGCAUCCUCCAGUACCAUUUCUGCUUCCACAUCGUGCUAUUGAAACCUGCCAAAUAAUGAGUUACACAAUUCCUAAAGACGCUCAAAUCAUAGUUAACGUCUGGGCUAUCACAAGGGAUCCUUCAAUAUGGGAAGAGCCAGAGAUGUUUAGACCACAGAGGUUUCUGAGUUCUGAUAUGGACUUCAAAGGGAAUGACUUUGAGUUCUUACCCUUUGGUGCAGGAAGGAGAAUAUGUCCAGGCCUGCCCAUGGCUGCAAUAAAAGUUCUCUUAGUCGUUGCUUCACUCGUUCACUUCUUUGAUUGGGAACUUCCUCAUGGAAAAUGUGCUGCCGAGCUAGACAUGACUGAAAAGUUUGGAGUAGCACUGCAAAAGAAAGAACCGCUGCUUCUGAUUCCCAAGGCCAGAAAAUGACCAUCAGGAUAUACGAUCAGUAUCUCUUGUCUGUGAUAUAUCUUGCAUUAUGCAUUCGAUACAAUUAUAUUUUGUCCUGCUGUAGUUCCGUGUAUUAUAUACAGAAGUUCUUGUGGUGAUAAAGAGGCAAGUUAUAAAUUAAUAAGAUAAUGUGCAAGUGCAUAAAUUAAAUGUGCAGUGUUAUUUGCUUCUUAAGUUGAGCAUACUUGUGGCAAGCAUUUCAUUUACAGAUAUAUAGAGGAUUCAGACAUACAAAUAUAUAAAAUCUUGGCAAAGAGAAUUUGUGACUGAUGACAGAAAUAAAUUACAAAGUACUUCAUUAAAACCAAUAUCUGAUAUCUUCUUGAAACAAUGGAAUAAAUAGCAAUAACAAAUCAUUACAACCAACGAAAGAAUGCAUCGAAGACAUUGACUGAAUAUACUGAACUAAGGAAGAAUACAAAUAUGAAAUCUCAGGUACACACAAAAUGAAGCCUGAGGAACUAGAAACCUGUACCUGCCCUUAUGCAUUUUUAUCUAAAAGAUCUUUCUUUUUACUGGACUGACAAAUCUAUCUGCAAUUAAGAACGAAAGAAAAACUUUACCUAUUGUUAACCUUUUUCAUAUGUACAAAAAGAAUAGCAACUGCGUGUCUAUGACUGAGUGAAGAGCUUCGAGGAAAGACCAAUCAAUCAACUUGGCUGAUAGUAGGAGGAUGAACUUCCAGUGGCAUCAAGGGGUGCGUACAAGGAGACUCUCUGCAGCAGCAGCAUUCACCUAAUAUGUUAUUCUGGUACUUUUGUUACUUCUUUUUAAGAACUGCUUUGGACUAUUUUUCACCUCCAGACGAGGAUCUUCCUAUACACCUCUGAAGUAGAGCUAAGUGUGCUUAUGCUGUAUCCUCCCUAAAUCCCACCUUAUGACUACACUGAAUAUGCUACUGUUGUUGAACCUCAAGCAAGAACAGGAGAAUUCAUAGAGUAUUUUAACUGAAUAAAAGGGUGAAAGAAAGAAAUACA